AUGACGUGGGAUGAGUUUGUCCAAGUGUUCAAAAAGAAGUACGCCAAAAAAUUUGACCUACUGGCCAAGUUCGCAGCCGACAUGGUACCCACUGAGACGCUAAGAAUUCAAAGAUUCAUAAAAGGAUUGAAUCCAAUGAUAGCCCGAGACGUGAAGCUAGUUCGUGGAGUAACCACGUACGCAGAAACAUUGGAAAUAACAUUGGAAGACGAACAGUCAGAGGAUAGAAUCUUGAAAGAAGGUGCGGCCAUGAGGGACGCUAAAAAGAAAAAGUACGAAAAAAAUAACCACAAGAGGAAACAUGAUGGUGGUCAAAACCAAAAGGCUGACAAGAAAGGAAAGACUACGUCGGAAGGAAAUGGAAACAAAAAGCCUUACGUAGAAUAUCCCCAAUGCCAAAACUGCAUGAGAAAGCAUUCAGAAAAAUGUCGAUAUAAGAUAAAAGGUUGCCUCAAUUGUGGAGAAGAGGGUCAUCUCAAGAAGAACUGA